UUCUAACCAUCUGUCAAAAAAAUCAAUUGCAAAUUUAUGGAAACAUCGCCUCGUCUUUAAAAAUUGUUAUAUUAAUUUAUGGUUCACAAUAUUAACCGUGCGGUUUUAAAGUGACAGUGUUCAAUCUGUGCCAAUUAAAAUGUGACAAAACUUUAACCGAAAAAAUCGCAGUCGAUCAAUAAAAUUGUGUAUGUUUAGCAAGUCCAGAAGGAUUCGAAUUAUGGAAAUAUCAUUUAAAUGGCCGAGUUUUUGUUUCUGUUUGUUGUGCUUCCAGUUAUGUAACGGGAAUCCUGCUGUACCUGGCUCCAAAGAAAUAGAUUAUCAAACCAAAUUUUUAACUGGUAUUAUUUCCCUUCUGUUGACUGUCUGCUGUUUGGUUUUCAUAGCAGCAUGUCUUUUCUGCAGGAGGAAGCAAGCUUUCGAGAAAUUUCAAAACAGUCCUGUAGGUUAUUCUAGUUCCAGCGUCGACCAUGGGCAUGUAAAUCCCAUUGCAAACGGCGAAUUUACCAUAUUUUCCCCCUUGUCAACGUCGCCUUUUAACAACAACAUUUUUCAUCCCAACGAUGAAAGAAAUGCUAGGACGGUCGAAAAUUCAACUGAAAGCGCCUACGAUAUUAAAUCGUGGUUCGGUCAAAACGAAGAGGAUUUCCCCAGGAAUAAAUUGAAGUACAUCAAGGAAUUGGGCACGGGAUGGUUCGGAAAGGUCGUGCAAGGAGCCGCUCAGGACGUAAACGACGAAGGACAAUCGUGGACGCCGGUAGUGGUUAGAAUAUUAGAAGCAACCUCUAGUCAAAAGGAGAAAAUGCUAUUUUUGCGGGACGCUGCGAUAUACAAAUGCGGCAGUCACGAUAACAUUCUGUCGUUAAUCGGCAGGUCCUUGGAAACUGUACCAUUUCUGUUGCUACAAGAGUAUUGUCCUCAGGGAGAUUUGAAACGCUAUUUGCAAUCGAAUAAGGCUGAACCGGAGAAGCUACUGUCCACGGAAUAUCCUUUAUUGUGGUGCUGUCAAUUAACCUCUGCAUUGAAACAUCUUCACGAAAGGAACAUCGUUCACCACGAUUUGGCCAGCAGAAAUUGCCAGCUGUCGGCCGAUCUGGCCCUGAAAUUGGGCGACUACGGCCUCGGUCCGUUCGCCUACCCGUCCGACUACUAUCGCGGCGAGGCGUCGGUGCCGGUCAGAUGGCGGGCGCCCGAGUCGCUCGUCUGCACGUCGACCACCAUCGAACCGAAGCCGAUCACCCAGGAGGCGAACGUCUGGUCGCUGGCGGUCGCCAUGUGGGAGAUAUGCGAAUGCGGCGAGCAGCCCUACAAGGCGCUCAGCGACGACGACGUCGUCUCGCAGGUGCUGGUCGCGGCCAGCGUCACUCUGGGAAGGCCCACCUAUCCGGCUAUUUAUACCGAUUAUAUCUUCGGCUUGAUGAAAUCCUGCUGGACGAGCCCGGAGUCGCGGCCGUCGGCGGCCCAAAUCGACCUGAUGCUGGCCGAUCUGCUGCGCGUCCACCGCAACACCUCCUACAAGUCAUCGACAAUCGACGAAUUCGACCGGCGAUGGGAGUCGUGCAAGCCGAAUUGCAUCGUCAACACCGACCACAUCGAUCUGGGCAAGUCCCCGUCGCCGAGCAUGACCAACCUGCACGGCUCGCUGGAUAACCUGGCGAACGUGUCCAUCGAAAACGAAUUGAAAACCGACCUGUACCGAAGGACCGCGAGCAGCGGCAGCGAGACCGAAGACGAGAACUGGAGGAACAAAGUCGAGCGCGGCGCUUACACCGAGAAAGUGCGCCAGAAGUCCCGAUCCGUCGCCGAUCUGAUGGUCCUCACGCACGUGGAUUACUCGGAAUCCGAGUCCGAAACCCCCUUGCCUAGUUUAGACUACAGGAUCAACUACAAGAACGUCAGGCUGGCCAAUACCUUAGACGCGGGGAACCUGACGUUCGGCAGCGAGGGCAACCUGCUCAGCGUGCAGGACGACUUCCAGGAGGAGCUGAGGAAGUUGCAGGAGGAGCGCAGGGACAGCAUGCCUUUCGUGCCCGAUCGAAGGAGCUUGGGCGACAAGGAGGCGAAGCCGAUGCGGGAACUGAACGACAUCCGGCCGGUCAAUCGGGUGUACAACGUUUACAACGUCACCGUCGAAUUGAGCGCGCCGGCGAGAGACGUAGACUGUAAUUCCACCACCAAUGGAUCUGAAUUUUGUGAUAGUUUAAAGGAUGAUGCGGCGCUCGAGCGAACUUUUGACGUACCGGCAACCAACACGUUCGUUUUCGAUAGCGAGAUUGCUCCAGUUGCACCUUCGAAUGAAAACAUAACGUUUAUAGAGGGCGCCGUCGAUGAGAGAAUAUCGGAAAUCGUACGAGACAUCUUACAAAACGCUAUUGCCAAAAUCGUAGCUUUACAAUGUAACGCUAAACAAGAACACUCUAGUACUACCUUAGAUAACGAAGCUGUAGAGAUUCACGAGGAAUGCUCGUACGAAUUACCAACAAGCGAAAAUCUAGUAGAUACAGAGGUAUCCCGCGCUCCCGCCGUGAAAUUCGACCUGAGCCUCGAGCAGAAAGAGGCCAUGCCGAAUCCGCUCACGCACUCGAAUCUGUUCACCAGCACGCCGCACAGGAAGCGGGAGAUUUCCCUGCCCGGCGACGACGCCUUCUCCAGCAUCGUGCCGUUUACGCUGGGCGAGGAGGAUGCGGGCGAGGAGGCCGCGCCGUUGAACUACUCGCUGGAGACGUGGGAUAACUUCUUGGGAACCACGAUGGACGAUCACGGCGACGAUUUCGACAGUUUUAACUCGGAGCCGAGGGGUUUGCUGGUGGUAGAUGAGGCCAAAGAUGCCGAUAGAACUCGAACAUUGCGUAAAGAGGCUCCGGUGAAUUGUACGUAUGAAAUAAACGAUUCGAAUAAUGCGAUAAACGUCGCGAAUACUACUUACGAAGUGCCGGGGAAGGCUCCGGAUCGGCCGCUCGAGGGUACUUUCGUGGUGGAGGAAAAAGGAAAUUCCACGUUUGUUAAACAAGAUCCUGAUAAUGAUAACGAAAAUGGUGGAAAUUGUACGUUCGUUAAACAAACUCCCGAUUCACUCAACCUGGAAGGUGAUUUAAACGAAGGUACUUUCGAAAACGGCGGCGGCUGGUUCUUGCAUCCCCAACCGACCAGCGAUCUAUGUGGAAAUAUCGAAAUCCAAUCGCCCAGCAAUACCGAAAGCUACAUCGGUUUCGGCAUCGACGAUGAAGUAAUGUCCGCCAUCAGAAACGAAUUGCUGAGUAAAUUACCCCACGCUCAGGGCGGUAAUACCGAACGAAUUAGAGAAGAAGAAGACUGGGAUACUUGCGAAAGAAACGAAGUGUAUCUGAGGUACAACGUGUGCACUCCUCUAUCACCUAUUCCCGAAGAAAGCUACACGGAGGAAUACGACGAAUCUCCCAAACCGGAGAAAGAGCAGGAAGAGGCGGAUUGGUCCGGCAAAACGGAAACGUUGACGCCCGAAAGCAACUCGGCGAUGGCUCUCGAAAGCCCGGUUCGAGGCCAAUUCAACCGGCACACGCCCAGCCAGGAUUCCUGCUGCUCGAACGACACGCUGUUCAACUUGGAGGAAUUGAUAUGCGCCGCCUCCGAGGCCGAUAAAGAACCCGAACUGUGCGAGAAAUCGACCGAUUCGAGCGAAUCGAACAAAACGUACAUACAACAAUUCCUGGCGAACGAACGAACCGCUUGCGAUUGUACUAAACCGAACGAUUUGAAUGUAGGUAGUAAUUGCAACGCACAAGCGGACCCGUUGAAUUCCCACGGCGAGGAUUCCGAUACGGACACCGAAACCAGCGAGGACCAUUUGACCUACACCAAGGAUGAACCGGAGGUGUUGCAGCGGCGCGGCGACUCCGCCGAAGGGAAUCUGGAAAGUUCGGACAAGGAGAACGUCGAGCCGGCCUACGAGAAUUCCCCGACGGUCGAGAAUCGCGCCAAGCUCGAGGAGAGCCCGUACGUUAACGUAGCGGAGGAUCAAGCCGGGCCGGAGGAUUUGUACGAAAACGCCGGUAAGGAGGACGUCGAUCCUUAUCGAGACUACGUUAAUAUCGUGAACAUGGAGAACGACAGGAAUUCGGUGGACAAGAGCAGUUACAUAGACAUCUACGGGCACGACGACGACGAUAGGAGCGAUGAUGAUGAUAAUAUUUACGGGAUUUUGACGGAUAUCAGGUUCACCGGACCGGCGGAUAAUCAGAUGAUGUCGACGUCGUUCAGCGAAGAGCAGGAGUGGGAGAGCGGGUCGGAUUCGAGGUCCAGUUCAAGCGGGGAGUUUAUUUGGAAGGAAGGAGAACACGAAGAAUCGAUAAAGACCUUAAGAGCCGCCAUCCAAGAUGCGUUGGAUACCGUUAAACCCAUGGAAGGAAUCGCCGAAGAUGCUUACGAAGAAAGCGACGUGAGCAGCAGUUUUUCGGACGACGAGGAAACCCCGGAAUUCGUACCGUCGGCUUGGGACAAAUUCGCCAUGCCCAGCAAAUCAGCUUUGAGAUCUCCAGAGAAAACCUUAAACAAACCCGAAGAGAGGAAGUCGAAAGGUGUGUGGUUUAAAAAGCAGAAAUACCAUUGCAUAUACGAGUAUCCCAAAGAACCAGAAAGCCCAAUAAUACCCCCUCAAGAUUUGUGGAAACAAUCGGAGUUCAACUCAUUUGCUGAUUGGGAAUUUGAUGGUGAAGUAUUCGAUAUCUCGCAAGCGAACGACGAAACGACAAAUAUCACUAACAGAACAAACGAUAUUAAAAGCCACGAAAAUCUAUACCAAUUAACAUGUAUUUCGGAUCUCAAUUCAGACGCCUACAGCGCCCCGAACGCGGACGGCGACUUCUUCGUCACCGGCUCGUCGCAGCCGUUCCAAUCCCACUCGCAGUUCUUCCCGGGCGGCGGCUGGGCGUUCGAGAGCGCGACGCCCGACAGCGGCGUCGAGGACGUGACGCCCAGCGCGGGCGACUACCGCCCGCCGCCGGUGCCCGAGCUGCGCCAGCUGGCCGCCGAGGCGGUGGCCAGGCGCAAGCAGCGCGCGCUGCGGAACGGCGAGGCGCUGGGCGGCCUGCGGCACACCAGGAACCGGCUGAAGCUCGACCUGCCGCCCAGCCCGGUGGAGCACGUCGUCAGAGAGAAGCCGGCGUUUACGACGUUCGGAAAGGGCCGGUUUAUGGUGCAGCACGUGGAGACGCCGCCCGACGAGAACGUUUCCUUCGAGGCGUUGCCCUACCAUCCGCGGGAGCCGGCGGGGAUCGAUGAGUUGGAGAGGAGUUUGGUGAAGGAGGACGGGGACGACGGGCGGUGUAAGUUGAAGAUCGAGGUGGUGAGAGGCGAGGCUAGUUUGCUGGAUAGCGGGGAUGAGGAUAGCGGCAUCGAAUCGGCGAGCACGUUGGAAAGGAAAAUCUCGAAUUCGCAGGUUUAGGAUGUGAUAGAGGCGCGGAUCUGCAUGAAUCGGAUUAUUUGACAUUGUUGUUUUGUUGAUUUGAGUUGGUUUCGUACUUGGCGUUGAUUUUGUAUUUUUUUUUGUUGGAUCUGUUCUUGUUGUUGCGAGCGAUUUGUUAAAUAAUCUAAUUUGUACAUAUGAUAGUAGGCCAAAAGUAUAGGAUUUUUUAAGUGUUUCUACCUACACUGUAGUCGACGUUAUUUGACAUUAUUUUUUAUCUGAAACGUAUUUAUUUUCUUGAAUUUUUUUAUAACUAAUUCUAAUAUUUGUAGUUCUUUUUAAAAUGCAUAAAUAUAAGGGUUUAUUAAUACAAAAAGUAAGCAAAACAAUUAAAUAUUAUAAACUGUUCUCGAUCGGCAUUCGACCAAUUUGCGAUUUACCAAUUUGUGUACUGGUCAAAGGCCCAUUGUGAAUAAACAUUUUUAAUUUCUAGCAUUCAUAUAACUAACACUGUAACCAGCUUUUCUAAAAAUUAUUUUUUCUUUCGAAAAUCGAAUGCCUGAACACUGUAAGGCCUAGUACAUGUUACUACCUAAAAUCACAUUAAGUGUACAUUGAUGUAAACAAUAUGUAUGUAUUUUAAAGUACUUUUGUGACUGUAACAAUAACUGUUAUUUUAGAUUUGAUGUAGUUGUUAAUGACUGGUAAGACUCGAGUAGUACUGAUAAGAAACACCCUAUAUUUCUACCACGUAGUGAUACAAUUUGUACAUAUUGAGUUUGAAAAUUUUCCCGAUCUUAGCGUUCGUUAAAAACCGCAUCACGUCUAAAAAACUUGGCAUUAAUUUAUUUCGAGUUUUCAGUUUUAUAUUGAUCUUAAAUUUUUGUAGUUUUAGAUAGUGUUAGUAUCGUUUUUCUCUUUUGAUAUCGUUAUGGAAACCAGCGAGGCAAACUGACUUAUCUGUUCGGAAGUUGGAAAAUUAUUGAUCUCAAUGAAAGUAUUGAAUUUUGUUAAUUAAUAUCUUAUCGGAAAUACGUUAAGCUGAUGAAAUAUUAAGGCCAUUAUCAGAAAUUUUUAGGAGCGCGACUCUCUCGGCGCAUCGUAAUUGGCCUAGUGUAAUUGGCCCUGCAGUUCAAGUAAUGUAAAACCAAUGUGAUAUUUUUAGUCAUUGAAAUUAUAUUGGUGAAUUUUUUUAAUAUAUUAUUUUUACGUAGUGAUUUUAUUUGAUUUCCAUCAAGUUUUUCUCCGUAGGUAAUGCCUUUUCGGUCAAUUAAAAUCAGGUUUUUUCGAUUAUUUAUAUCACAUGUUAAACGUACUUCGUAUUAUUGAAGAUGUAUAAAAUUCAUUUAAAUUAUUUUUUAUCUUGCUAAACCGUUAAAUGCGUUUUUAGAUAGAUUAGUCUCCAAAUCGUUAUUAAAAUUUAGUCUGUAAUUACCCGGCUGUUUGUCUUGUUUCUACAAAUUGAAGUUUAGAAUUUAAUUAUUUUUUAAUUGAUUAUUUAAUAAUACCGAAUGUACAAACCGAAACUUAACGUCCAAACAGUUGUCUGACAAUGUAGGGUAGCGUUUUAUAUAAUACAUUUGAUCCUUGCGAAUUUUUCUGUAGUCAAUGAUUUUGAUUUACCGUUAAAUUAAUGUUUUGUAGAUAUAUUAUACGUCCGUAUCGGACCUCAUGUGAUCGGUUAGUAUUUCUCGUAUUAGUAGAAAUGUAUAUUGAUAUGUAAUCAGUGUAAUAAACUUUUUUUCUUUGCA